AUGCAGAAAAUCAUCCCACUGGAAGAGAUUUCUGCCCGGCGGGAGAGCACGUGUACCGUUGCACAGGCCGUGCACCCCGCCGCUCCCGGCCGCGGGCGCUGGGGCUCAGCUUCCGCUCGGACGGCCGGCGGGCGGCUUAUGUCCCCGAGGUCGCGCUGCGGCCACCGCGCAGCAGGCGACAGCUGCUGUCGUCUCCAAAGACGAGUGAGGGAGGCCGCGUAUGUGAACGUCCAUGAUGAACGAUUUCUGUGUUCGAUAACCUUUGACCGGGCAACCUCCCUGAAAUCCAUCCGGGAAAUAUCUCGAAUUAGGAGUCACGGAACCCGGAUGGGCACCCGCCCCUGGAAUCCACCAUUUGCACAAACCGGAGCAGAUCACGGGCCUGUCACGCACGCGCUUCCCUGGGCCUGGAAGCUUCCCGACAUUCCAGCAUCCAGUAAUUGCCUGCUUGUCGUUCCUGCCUCAGCUCAGACUGCAUUUCCUCGGGGAGCCUCCCCAAACCCUUCAGACCUGCAAUCAGCACUAGAAAAAGAAACAAGAAGAAAAGUCUUAAGAAAAAGAGCCAUGAAAACUCCUUCUUCUGGAAUAGUCCUUCAGAAGUCAAGGCAGGUUGCCUGCACCCCCAUGAGCUGUGCGGCACAGACUCGGAAGAGGAGCCUAAACUGGAAUCAGACUGUGGUCCCGACUGUGAAGGAUGAAGGAGCCAGUCGCAGACGUGCGACAAACUACAACAUCAAGCUGGAGAUCUCUUAGCAAGUACCUACUUGGGGACGAUGGUUGACUGCAGGUAACACACCAUGGAUCGGAGGGGACUUACUGUGCUGUGUCCAUGCAUUGGAAGGCUCAACAUAGGAACUGAUAUCCAAGUUCAAUGUAAUUUCUAUCAAAAUCCCAAAUACACAGCUACAGAAGUGAGAGUGAGUUUAAAAAAAAAAAAAAAGGAGGGGCAAGAUGGUGGAUGAGAAAAAUGGCCAGCCAGAGUGUCUCUGCAA